GGCUGGGACUUGAUUUUGGUGGAGGCAUUUGUCCAUCCUAACAAUCUGCUGAUGAGUUGUUUUUCUUUUUUUUGCAAAAGGAAGGGAGUUUCCAGAGCUACACAAACCACAGAAGUUGAUGAUGGCCUAUUUCUAUGACCAAAAAGUUUCUGAUGUGAAAUAGCAGUCGUCACAUAAGCUGCGCACAGCACGAUUCUCUGACUUGCUUUUCCUUCUUGUUUUUUUCCCUCUCCUUUUCUUCUUCGGCAAAAUGGGCACUUUCUCAAUCACACACAAAGCUCAGUGCUCAUAUUAAUUUUUUUUAUCCUAUGUACUAUGAAAAAACUUAUGAUGGAUUUAUAUGGUACAGAGGUUUCAUGGGCACAGAACACUUGCUCUUACACUUACAGGGAAUUGCGAAUGGCCACUGACAAUUUUAAUCCAGCCAAUAAAGUUGGAGAGGGAGGUUUUGGCUCUGUUUACAAGGGAAUGCUCAAAGAUGGCACCAUGGCUGCCGUAAAGGUACUGUCAGCUGAAUCAAGGCAAGGUUUAAAGGAGUUCUUGACAGAAAUAAAAGUGAUUGCAGAUAUAAAGCACAACAACCUGGUUAAAUUGUAUGGUUAUUGUGCAGAGGGAAACCAUAGGAUUUUGGUCUAUGGCUAUCUUAAGAAUAACAGCCUUGCACAAACACUUCUUGGUGGAGGCCAUAGCAAUAUCCAAUUCAAUUGGCCUACAAGGCGCAAAAUAUGCAUUGGAGUUGCACGAGGGCUUGCAUUCCUUCACGAGGAAGUCCAGCCACAUAUUGUUCAUAGGGAUAUUAAAGCAAGUAAUGUUCUCCUUGAUGAUGAACUCGAACCCAAGAUUUCAGACUUUGGUCUUGCAAAACUUUUCCCAGCCAACCUGACUCAUAUUAGCACAAACGUUGCUGGAACUGCAGGAUAUCUGGCGCCAGAAUAUGCAAUUCGAGGUCAGUUGACAAGGAAAGCUGAUAUUUACAGUUUUGGUGUUCUAUUGUUGGAAAUCGUUUGUGGGAGGUCCAACACAAAUAGGCGAUUUCCUCUAGAAGAGCAAUAUCUGGUUGAAAGGGUAUGGGAUUUUUAUCAGAAUCUGGAGCUGGUUAAUUUGGUGGACACAUCGUUGGCUGGGGAUUAUGAUGUCGAAGAGGCUUGCAAUUACCUGAAGAUAGGUCUUCUUUGCAUCCAAGACGUGCCAAAGCAGCGUCCAUCCAUGUCUACUGUUGUCAUGAUGUUAAUGGGUGAGAUAGAAGUGAAUGACAAGAUAUCAAGGCCUGGCUUGCUGUCUGAAUUCACGAGUUUUAAAGGUGACAAAAUGCCGAAACACGAAGGUGGAAAAGACCAGAAUAACAAGUGGGAAAUGAAGAAUUCAUCCUCGACUUCAGUCAAGGUCGAAAAUUCAUCUUCAUCAUCAGGAGUGGACACUUCACACGCUACCAUGACCUUCAGUUCUAUAUAUGACCGGGGAAAUUAACAGCAUUCUCCAAGUCUUAUUGUUGGGAGCAAAUAUGAGAGCCAGGUUUGCUUUCAAAAGAGAUUUUUUGGUAGUGUUAACUUUUCUGGGAGUGAGAAUCUCCGCGUAAAUUCUUUUGUAAAAAAAGAUGAUUUUCUUUCCUCCCUUUUUUUUCUUAAUAAAGAAGAGAAAUAUGAAGUGAUCUGAAAAGAUUUACUAACA